UUGCCUGCUGCAUCAUUUGGAGCUGCCAGCAGUCUGUGGCCUGAACUUUACCUCCUUGGAAUCUGCAGCAAACGUGUAACAGAGCCAACAGGAUGUCGAAUUUAAAGGAGCUUUGCAGUGGUCUACCCCUUGAUCCUUUGCCCCCAAACUGGGGAAGAGAUCCAAAUGUGCCACAUGCUCCUGUUCGGACUCCUAACCUGACAGCUGAAGAGGAACGACUUGCACUGAGAAAUGCUCUGCGUUACUUCCCACCGUACCACCAUGCAACGCUCGCGGCUGAAUUUGCUCAAGAGCUCCGGCAGCAUGGCCACAUAUACAUGUACCGCUUCUGCCCCACGAUACGGAUGAGAGCUUAUCCUAUUGAUCAGUAUCCCUGCCGCACACGACAAGCAGCAGCUAUGAUGCUAAUGAUCAUGAACAACCUGGACCCAGCUGUUGCUCAGUUUCCCCAGGAGCUUGUCACCUAUGGAGGGAAUGGACAGGUGUUUAGUAACUGGGCCCAGUUUCACCUUGUGAUGCACUACCUGAGUGAGAUGACUGAGGAGCAAACUCUGGUCAUGUACAGCGGACACCCCAUGGGCUUGUUCCCCAGCCUGCCCUCCUCACCUCGCGCUAUCAUCACUAACGGCAUGGUUAUUCCCAAUUAUUCCUCCAGAGAACAAUAUGAGAGGAUGUUUGCUCUUGGUGUGUCAAUGUACGGCCAGAUGACAGCAGGCAGUUACUGUUACAUUGGACCUCAAGGGAUUGUUCAUGGCACCAUGCUUACUGUACUGAAUGCAGGCCGGAGGUACCUGGGCACCGAUGACUUGAGGGGACGUGUCUUUGUGACGUCAGGCCUCGGGGGAAUGAGUGGCGCCCAGGCCAAAGCUGCUGUGAUUGCCGGCUGUGUCGGUGUGAUUGCUGAGGUGGAUGAAGCUCCACUGAGGAAGAGACAUGAGCAGGGUUGGGUUAUGGAGGUGACCAGCAGCUUGGAGCAAUGCAUUAAACGCAUCAGAGAAGCCAGGAGCUCCAGGACGCCCCUCAGUUUGGGAUACCAUGGGAAUGUGGUAGACUUGUGGGAGAGGCUGCUGCUGGAGUUUGAGAGAACAGGAGAGCUCCUGGUGGAUCUGGGUUCAGACCAGACGUCCCUGCACAACCCCUACAACGGGGGCUACUAUCCUGUCCCGCUCAGCUUACGCCAGGCCAACCAACUCAUGUCCACAGAUCCUGGACGCUUCCGGAGUAUUGUCCAAGAGAGCCUUAGAAGACACAUAAAGGCCAUCAACAAGUUGUCAGAUGCAGGUAUGUUCUUCUGGGAUUACGGCAAUGCAUUCCUCCUGGAGGCGCAAAGAGCAGGUGCAGAGGUCACCAAAGUUGGUGGAGGAGCAACAGAGUUCCGGUAUCCGUCCUAUGUCCAACAUAUUAUGGGGGACAUUUUUUCCUUGGGGUUUGGGCCGUUCCGCUGGGUUUGCACAUCUGGUGAUCCGCAAGACCUGGUGGUAACUGAUGACAUCUCGGCUAAGGUUCUAGAGGAAAUCGCUGCUAAUGCGUCGGAACGUGUGAGGCAGCAGUACAGAGACAACAUCCGCUGGAUCACAGAGGCUGGAAAACACAAAAUGGUUGUUGGAUCACAAGCUAGGAUCCUCUACUCCGACCAGAAAGGAAGAGUUUGCAUUGCUUUAGCCAUAAACCAGGCUGUGGCUGAUAGAAGAGUCUCAGCCCCAGUGGUCAUCAGCAGAGACCACCAUGAUGUCAGUGGCACAGACAGCCCCUUUAGAGAGACCUCUAAUGUGUAUGAUGGUUCUGCGUUCUGUGCAGAUAUGGCAGUCCAGAACUUUGUUGGUGAUGCCUUCAGAGGUGCCACUUGGGUCGCUUUGCAUAAUGGUGGCGGUGUUGGCUGGGGCGAGGUAAUAAAUGGAGGAUUUGGUUUGCUGCUGGACGGCUCAGACGAGGCGGCAAAGCGUGCCAGACUGAUGCUCAACUGGGACGUCUCCAACGGGGUGGCUCGUCGCUGCUGGUCUGGAAACACAAACGCCUAUGAGACAAUCCAACGCACCAUGGAGGAGAUCAGGCAGCUGCGUGUCACCAUGCCCUUCCCAGUGCAGGAUGAGGAUCUGCUGGACCGAGCCUUACAAGGAUAACUAACCCUUUGGUGAUGAUUUGACCUAACUACUUCCGAAGAGCAGUGGGAACCAGAAGCUGCAUUCACUGCAGUAUAUUUAUCUAAAUGAGGCCGUAUUCACCUGUUUAAAUUAUACACUGCAGAUAAGGAAAAAUCACAAAGUCAACUUCAUACUCUGAAAAUGCAAUUCUAGAUAGGAAAGUUUAAAAAUAUCUAACACUUCCAUCACUUAUAGGUAUUUUUUUGUGCUGAAAAUAAAUAAAUAACACACUUGUUUAAAAAUUUAA